AAAAAACGAAUAACAAUGAGCAUUACAAUUGUUUACAACAAAAAGAACCGCUCCAUAACUUAGCCCUUCCAAGUAAAUACCAGUGUAUAAAAAUGUGGUACUUAACAAAUAAUAAAACACAACACGUCUACUACCUGGUAACGCAAUCCGCCGGUCAUACGGUGGGCCGUACAGGGACGGAUCUGAUAAUAACCGGUGAUGACUCGAUCAGUCGCAACCAUGCAAUGUUGCAACCGACCAAACACGUACUGAAUCUAACCGAUACAGGAUCACGAUACGGAUCGUACGUUAAUGAAAAUAUUGCCAAAACGGUCGCUAUUUCAAGAGAUCAAGCUACGCCAUUGCAAGCCGGUGACACGAUACGGUUCGGUCGAUGUGGAAGUAUCUGGCAGGUAGGAAAAGUGGAUUUCCGGUGCCUUACCUCAACGCUGAUCAUGGAUGAAAAGCUGAAAACAAUAUUGCAAAAAAUAGGAGCCGAACUGGUGCCCAAUUACACUGCCGGCCUGACGCACCUGAUAAUGCCCACCAUUACCAUCACUACCAAAUUCCUACAAUGCUUGGUCGGUCAGGUACCGAUCGUUCAGCCAGAAUAUUUUCAAACCAUCGACAGGGAUUGUAUCGGUCAAGGUAAAGCACUGCCAGCGGUAAAAGAUUUUUUACCGACAUGCACCGAACCCUACAUUAGAAAUGAACCACAGCUCUUCUGCCGUAAUCCUGCUCGAAGUGAUCUUUUCAAGGGGAAAGAAUUCAUCUUUCUGAACACGGCUCAGCUUGGACAGUUUGAAAACAUUGUCAAACUUGCCGGUGGUGUUUGUCUGUGUGCACAACGUGAGAAAAUAGCUAAAUCUCGCUUUCUUAAGCCGAAUGUUAUUACAAUUAAGCUUAAAUCGUGCGGCUCUUCGCAGUCCCAAUCGUUCGACACACUGUCUCAGUAUUUAACUUCACGCGGACGUCGGAUGGUGCCGGAUCUGGAAAUUGGAUUAGCGCUCAUAUUCUGCUCGACGGAAAAGUACUGCAAUCCGGAGUACAAUUUUGCUUUCAAUAUCGAGGAACAUCACAACUCGAUGGAAAGUGGUGAAAUGUUGGCCAAAAACACGGAACAACAGACCGAGAAUACGGAUGCGAAGGGUACAAAUGUGGCGGAAGUGAACACCAUCCCAGAAACGGAACCACCCCAGACCGAAUCUAAACAACAAAACACUAUUGCAAGUAACCAAACAACAAAUAGUAACGUUAAAAGUAUGGCCACCCGUUCUACUGCGUCAUUUUUGGUCCCAAAAGCCGUAUCCCCAAAGGGAACGGUACCUGUUGAACGGCGCAAAUCAAAACGAAUGCAAGAAGCGCUAACGGAUAAGAGCGAAACAGUUGACCACGAAGUGGGCAGCCUGCCGAAGCGUCCGCGUAGAACUGACACACCGAUGGAAAGUGUGAGCUAUUCGCCAGUGGUAGAUUCAAAGCUCACCGAAUCCGAGCGUGAAGGCAGUGAAUUGCAUAUCCCUGAAACGCAACCCUCAUCCAGUUCGGGUCUAUCGCAAGCUUUGGAAGCUCGUGGCUUCCGUGGCGUCAAUCGCCAUUCGAUGGAGGUGGGAUCGAAUCGAGUGGAUAAGCAACCAGCCAAAAAUCGAUGUGCCGUCAAUCUGAAUCAAAACUUGGACGAUGACGAUUUGCUGAUAUUCGAUGACUUGGCACCUCCGAAGAAACCGCGCAUGGAGAAGACCAAUGAUACAGCAUCCACAUUGAAAAACAGUAGUACAUCUAGCACAACGAGAUCAUCGCAGGUGGUACGGAAUAAUAAAAACACUCCUGUCGAGGAAGAGAAUUUAUUCUCCUUCGAUGAACUACCCACCCGACAGCAGGGACGCACUGCAAGUCAACGUAAAGCGAGCAAAACUACCGCCACACUGGAUACAGUUAACAAUAAUGUAUCGAAAAGUCCAACCGUAUCACCAGACGCUUCAUUGUCCCGUCCGGUAGGGGUACAAAAUCGAAGCACCAGCAACGAUUCGACGCUGCACAGUCAUCGAGAGUUUAUUAAACCCAUUCAACUAUCCACGAACGGGUGGCUAUCCUCGACGUUGUGUGGCUUGAAGAAAGUGGACGAGGGCGAUGUAGAAAAAUCUUUCAACGAGAUGAAAAUUAAAUCGGAACCGCUGGACGAUGCUGACGAUCCGUACGGGUUGCAGAAGGACUGCAAAAAGUGGAACAAAAGCAUGGAGAAUGCGAUUCCGGUGCGGGAAGUAAGCAUGAAGCUAGUCGCUCAUCGACCGAUCGAUGUAAGCGGGCAGGAAGUUUCAUGUAUUGCGCCCGAUGGUGGAAAGAACUUCAAAGCGUUUGUGAAGAAACGCAAUUACCCGGUGCAGCGGAUCAUACUUUCAACAAAGUCUGUUUGUAUACAGAGAGAAAAUUAGUGGACAUGAAGCUGAUUGGUUUUGGGUGAUUUUAUAGAAGCGUUGAGCUGGCCAGCUACAUUCGCUUCUAGUGCAAGUAAUCACUUGUUAUAGAGCCACUUUUGCAUUUCAACCUUUCCUUACAUUAAGUUAUUCUACUAUUUUGCAUCAACAUUUAUCAGAUACCCAAAAGUGUAAUCUUUAAUAAUGUUACAAUUGAUUGAUAUUAAAUAAUGUUACACUGUUAAAAAGCAAA